CCGCUGCGCCCGUCGCCGCCGCCCAGAUGGCCGCGGGCGUCGCCCCGCCGCGCCUCCCCCCCUCACCUUCGCCGCGCUCGAGUGGCCGCGCUCUCCCCCGCGCUGCUGUCCCCUCCCGCGUAGUGCUUGCCUUUGUUCCAGGAAUAGCGCUCCGGGUCCCCGCCGCUGCCUCUGGGCCCCGCUCCGGAGCGCGCCGCCGCCCUCUGCGGCCGGCCGGGCCCCUCCCGUGCGCACUUGGACUCGGGCCCGCGCUCCAGCUGCGGGCCGGGCUCGCGUUACACGCCGGGCAGACCACCUACAGCCGGGCCGCCGCGGGCCGCCUCCGCCAGACUGACCGCCAGGCCUGCAGCGCGCUGCCCGGAGACCCGCGCUGCCGCCGCCGUCCACCGCGCGCCACCGACGGCCUGCGGCCUGCGGCGAUCUGGGCUCAGCCAGGAAGUAUCUGAGCGGGCCGCGGCCCCUGGACGGUGACUCCAGCAGCU